AUGGGGCCUGCACCAACCUCCAGAAUAAUCCAAGUGACUGCGGCACUUGUGGGAACACAUGCGCAGCAGGUGACGAUUGCUGUAGUGGAGCCUGCACUAACCUCCAGAACACUCCCGUGCGCAGAAGGUGAGGCCUGUUGCAAUGGCGCCUGCACCAACCUCAACAACAAUCCAAGCAACUGUGGGGCUUGUGGGAACACUUGCGCGUCCGGCCUGACUUGUUGCAAUGGAGCCUGCACCGAUCUUCAGAACACUCCCGGUAACUGUGGCACCUGUGGGAACACUUGCGCAGAAGGUGAGGCAUGCUCAUCCGGCGCCUGCAUAUGCACGAUUUUCCCAGGUUUCCAGGCGCAGGCCACAUUCGGCACGGGGACCACGCCGUAUGAUGUUGGAGUGGGCGACUUUAAUGGAGAUGGCUAUCUUGAUAUCGUGGCUGCAAAUGCCAAUCAAUUUUCAGUGAGCGUCUUGCUCGGGACUGGAUCGGGGAACUUCCAGCCGCAGGCCACAUUCGGAACGGGUGACUGGAAAUGUUGGUGGAAAUACAGUGAGCGUCUUACUCGGGACUGGGUCUGGGAGCUUCCAGCCGCAGACCACAUUCCUGUGGGCAACGGGCCGUUCGGUGUUGCAGUGGGCGACUUCAACGGAGAUGGCUAUCUCGAUAUCGUGACUGCGAACAACGGCGGCAAUUCGGUGAGUGUCUUGCUCGGGACUGGAUCGGGGAGCUUCCAGCCGCAGGCCACAUUCCCGUGGGGCUCAAUCCACGACGUGUCGCACGGCGGCAGUACAGUGAGCGUCUUACUCGGGACUGGAUCUGGGAGCUUCCAGCCGCAGACCACAUUCCCUGUGGGCAACGGGCCGUUCGGUGUUGCAGUGGGCGACUUCAACGGAGAUGGCUAUCUCGAUAUCGUGACUGGAAAUGUCACCGCAGACCACAUUCCCGUGGGCAACGGGCCGUUCGGUGUUGCAGUGGGCGACUUCAACGGAGAUGGCUAUCUCGAUAUCGUGACUGCGAACAACGGCGGCAUUUCGGUGAGUGUCUUGCUCGGGACUGGAUCGGGGAGCUUCCAGCCGCAGGCCACAUUUCCCGUGGGGUCCAGUCCGCUUGGUGUUGCAGUGGGCCACUUCAACGGAGACGGCUAUCUCGAUAUCGUAGCUACGAAUGCUGGCGGCAAUACAGUGAGCAUCUUGCUCGGGAAGCCUUGCGACACUUAA